AUGGGUUUCGCUAUUUCCGCUAAAACUGCAAACACUGCUGCAGCUGGCGUAAUGACAUUAUUAAUGUUGCUUUGCGUUGGAAUUUAUGCUCGUAGUCAUAUUGUGAAUAAAGGGAUGACAUGGAUCUUUGCAUUAUUCAGUACUUUAAUCAUUUUGUUAGCAAUGGCAGUACAAAUUGACCAUUUUUUAAAACUCCAAGGUUGGUUUAGUCAAUAUAAUGAAGCAACUUUAAAACUUGGAGCCAGUGGAUUUAGUCUUGUGAUUAUAUCUCUUAUAUUCUCACUCUUGUCAGUUCUUGCAUUUUACAAAGGAGAUCAAGCUGUAAGUGAAGGAGAAAAUAUGAACACAAUAAUGAAACCUGUUCCUCAACAAUCACAAUCUUAUUCAAAUUCGCAAUCUUCACAAUUUCCACAAUCUUAUUCAAACACUCAAUCUGAUACAAAUAAUCAACCUUAUUAG